GCCCUCCUCCGCGCGCGCACACUCGCCGCCCCCACCCCUGGUCUGGCUGGGAACUUGAACCGGUCCAGCCUGUUUAAACGGAAAGGACAGAGAUCCUGUCUGUUCAAUGUAAAAAAAAAAAAAAAAAAAAAAAAGAAAAGAAAAAGAAAAAAGAAAAAAAAUUCAGAUCAGACCAGAGAGAGAGAGAGGAGAGAGAGAGGGAGAGAGAGAGGGAGAGAGAGGGGAGAGAGAGAGGAGAGGGAGGGAGGGAGAGAGAGAGGGGGGAGAGCAGAGAGAGAGCGCGAGCGCGAGAGAGCGAGAGGAGAAAGAGAGAGAGCAGAGAGCGAGCGGAGAGCGAGGUGUAGAGAAACCGAGGGGGAGAGAACCCGAGUGUGUGUAUGCGUGUGCGUGUGUGAGCGCGAGCGAGCGAGCGAGAGAGAGGAGCGAGAGAGUGCGAGCGAGAAAGAAUAAAAGGAAAGAAGAUUUUCUCUAUGUAUAUAAAGAUGGCCACGUUAGCAAACGGACAGGCUGACAACGCGAGCCUCAGUACCAACGGGCUCGGCAGCAGCCCGGGCAGUGCCGGGCACAUGAACGGAUUAAGCCACAGCCCGGGGAACCCGUCGACCAUUCCUAUGAAGGACCACGAUGCCAUCAAGCUAUUCAUUGGGCAGAUCCCCCGCAACCUGGAUGAGAAGGACCUCAAGCCCCUCUUCGAGGAGUUUGGCAAAAUCUACGAGCUUACGGUUCUGAAGGACAGGUUCACAGGCAUGCACAAAGGCUGCGCCUUCCUCACCUACUGCGAGCGUGAGUCAGCGCUGAAGGCCCAGAGCGCGCUGCACGAGCAGAAGACUCUGCCCGGGAUGAACCGGCCGAUCCAGGUGAAGCCUGCGGACAGCGAGAGCCGAGGAGGUAGUAGCUGCCUGCGCCAGCCCCCUUCACAAGAUAGAAAACUCUUCGUGGGCAUGCUCAACAAGCAACAGUCCGAGGACGACGUGCGCCGCCUUUUCGAGGCCUUUGGGAACAUCGAGGAGUGCACCAUCCUGCGCGGGCCCGACGGCAACAGCAAGGGGUGCGCCUUUGUGAAGUACUCCUCCCACGCCGAGGCACAGGCCGCCAUCAACGCGCUACACGGCAGCCAGACCAUGCCGGGAGCCUCGUCCAGUCUGGUGGUCAAGUUCGCCGACACCGACAAGGAGCGCACGAUGCGGCGAAUGCAGCAGAUGGCUGGCCAGAUGGGCAUGUUCAACCCCAUGGCCAUCCCGUUCGGGGCCUACGGCGCCUACGCUCAGGCACUGAUGCAGCAGCAAGCGGCCCUGAUGGCAUCAGUCGCGCAGGGCGGCUACCUGAACCCCAUGGCUGCCUUCGCUGCCGCCCAGAUGCAGCAGAUGGCGGCCCUCAACAUGAAUGGCCUGGCAGCCGCACCUAUGACCCCAACCUCAGGUGGCAGCACCCCUCCGGGCAUCACUGCACCAGCCGUGCCUAGCAUCCCAUCCCCCAUUGGGGUGAAUGGCUUCACUGGCCUCCCCCCACAGGCCAAUGGGCAACCUGCUGCGGAAGCUGUGUUCGCCAAUGGCAUCCACCCCUACCCAGCGCAGAGCCCCACCGCCGCGGACCCCCUGCAGCAGGCCUACGCCGGAGUGCAGCAGUAUGCAGGUCCAGCCGCCUACCCUGCUGCCUAUGGUCAGAUAAGCCAGGCCUUUCCUCAGCCGCCUCCAAUGAUCCCCCAGCAGCAGAGAGAAGGGCCCGAGGGCUGUAACCUGUUCAUCUACCAUCUGCCCCAGGAGUUUGGGGACGCUGAGCUGAUGCAGAUGUUCCUCCCUUUCGGCCGGCACCCUGUGCCCGCGCGCUGCCAGGCCCCCUCCUGUCAGGGAGGACAGUGUCCAAUAAACUCCACCCGCAGGCUUCGUGAGCUUCGACAACCCGGCCAGCGCGCAGACCGCCAUCCAGGCCAUGAACGGCUUCCAGAUCGGCAUGAAGAGGCUCAAGGUGCAGCUGAAGCGGCCCAAAGACGCCAAUCGCCCGUACUGAGCGCCGGCGGGAGCGUCCCCCGGGGGAGACCAGGACUCGCACAGGGCCAGUCAAAUCCACCACAGUCUCGCGCUGAGCUAGGAAUAAAGUUCACGUAAUCACAUGAGAGUGGAGAAAAGUCCCCCAUCCGUAAGUUCAAAUCAACUCAAAGUUCACAGUGUGACAUGAUGGCGUCAUGUAACAAGGCUAAGAAUCGGUUGCAUGACAAUUGCCGUCAAGUUUCGUGGAGGUGCUGUGAUUGGAGCGUUUUUCUUGGAUGUUGUAUCAGUUGAUGAUUGGCCAGUCAUGAUCACACGUGCAUUUUCUUGACUUUUGUGCUGCCACAAUCUUUUUUGCUGUGCUCAUUUUCGUUUCGUUCUUGGUGCUUGCAGUGGUUUUACUUUCUGUUGUUUGGUUUUUCUUGUUCAGCGUUUUUUUAUGCUUCUCUAGAUGUCACAUAGAGAAAAAAACAAAACAAAAGAACAAAAAAUAGUCAAAAUAAAGAUGAAUUCCUGAAUUAUCAAACAUGGGAUCAUUUACCUGUGCAAACCAUUAUUUUUUUCUUAAAAAUAAGGAAAACAUCUUAAAAAUAUCUAUGCGUGGUUGAUUUACUUGCACUUGAAAAUAUUGUGAUUUUAUUUUUUUCUAGAAAUUUGGGGGCCUUUUUCAAUUGACACUUUCCUAGGUCUGGUCUUUUUCCAGUUAGGCUAUUUUCAAUCUCACUUCAAAGGGAAAAAAAAAAAAAAACAAAAACAAAAAACAAAAACAAAAUAUCUACAGUAACAGAAUGAUAAAAAAAAAUUCUAAACCAAAAAACUAGAGUACAAAGCCAGAGGCCUCUGCAAGAGAGCCCAGUAACAAUUGUAAGGUUUGUAUUGUAACCACUUCUGCUAAAUUAAAUGUGGGGAGGGGAGGCUGGGGACUGGGGGCUCGGGAGGGUUUUUUUGGUUGGUUUGGAAGAAACAGUACUAACAAAAGCAAAAUGCACCUUUUUGUUUACAACUGAAAAAGGGUCCUUGACAAGUGUUUUUUAAUUUUAUUAUUAUUUUAUUUGGUGUUGUAAUUGUUUAGACUGCUGUGUACGGUUUGCUGUUUGUUGAAUCAACAGUGUGAAAAACCUGCCAGCAUGGAUUGAUAUACGCAUGACGUUGUCCCCUCAAGUGGGGGCUUUGCAGUUCUAACUUUCUUGAUGUAACCAGUCACCCCCAUGUAUAAGUGGAAGCUGCUUGCUAGAAUGGAGAUGAGUCUCAUUUGUUAAGUCACAAUGAUUAAGCAUUCGCCUUCUGAUUCUAGUCAGAUCAUGAUUUUUUUAAAGCAAAACAAAACACCAAAAAGCCACCAUUCAAAACAAAAUCAAGCACUGUCUGAGUUAAUUUAUUUAAGUUUGAUAAUUAAAUCUCUUCUGACCUUUUUUUAGGUUUUCCCGUCCACUCCCUUGAAGUUCUGAAUUCCUCUAAAUUCCCUGGCAUGUAUGGGAAAAGUAUUAUGUGUGUGUAUGUGUGUAUAUAUGCAUAUACAUACACACAUAUCCAUGUAUAUCCACAUAUGUGCAGGUGAAUAUAUUCUACACAUAUAUCCAGAUAUACAUAUAUAUACACAGCCUCGCAAAUAGUUACUGACCCCGGGAAAGAAGUGGUUGGCUGGAAGCUGGGCAAGGAUUCUACAAAAUUUGAGUCACGGAUGUGUCUUCCUUCUUUCCCUUGAGCUGGGAGGAGUGGGCUGGGCUGCUAGAUUUUUCCUAUCUUGUUUGCUAGGCUUCUGUAUACAUAUUGUAUCUGGGCUAGAUCCCUCAGAGACAAGUUUAAUUAUGAAUUCAUAUCCCGCAGUCCCAAAUUCUCCCCUUAGAUGUAGCUACCCCCAAUCCAGAAUGCUAAAGUAACCCAAAUCAAGAACCUUCUCCCAACAACGAAACCUCAGCUACAACCAUCACCACUAGACCUCCCAGUGGUUUCUACUCUGAAUAGAAGAGUAUAUUUCUUUUUAAUGUAUCAUGAUCAUGACUAAUUCUCAUACUGGUCUCUCUUCCUUCCCUCCCACCAUCCCCUAGAGCUCCCAUCCUAGCCCCUGAGGCAGGUUCCUAUUGGUGUUUGGAUGCUGUUUGUGUUUUCCCUCUUGGCUUAAUCAGCCCUGAUUUUCUUCAUUUUAGGGCAGGAUGCUGAACGGGCUACAUUAAAAAACAAACCUCUCUCUAUAUAUAUUUAUAAAUGAGAACUGUUGGAUGACACCUUUGACAUAUCAGCCUAUAUCAAUCAAGCUGAAGACUCCAGACACUGUCUGUGUGACUGUAACAUUUCUUCAACGAAAGUAUAGCGUCUAUGGAGUUCAGAGGGCACGUGUUUGGGGGAAAAAUAUAUAUGACAUAAAGAAGAAGAAGAUGAAGAAAAAUGAGAAAAAAAAACACACAAAAGGCAACUUUAAAACAAUCACGAGACCAGAUGGGGAGGCUGAAGGGCUGGGAACUGGGAGGAGACGCUGCUUACCGAUCCCGGGGCUUUUCCAGCCCACGGGCGCCUGAGGCAGGCUGGGGCAAGUGGUGCGUGGGGCCUGGUCCCCAAGGGGCGGCUGAGAGGCCGCCACUGAGCAUCUCUAUCUGUCAUUCCUUUAGCUAUUUAGGGACCAAAGGACCAAACUUUUUAUUGCAGAUGUGUAGCUCUAUGUCAAAUAGAGGGGGAAUGGAGGACCCCCUCCUUCCUGCCUCAUGGCUGUUCUUGAAACAGCUUAGAGCGAUUCUAUGAAAAAAUGUAACAAAAAAUUAAAAAAAACAAAAAACAACAAAAAAACAACAAAAAAAGGAAAAAUAACGCUUCAAUGCUUUUAAAACAGCAAGAUAAUAGUUCUUUGAUACUUUGAGAGGCGCUUUGAUGACCCUCAUCCAAGUCUAUGACACUUUCCUAUGGUUUUCUGUAUUCUAUGUCUGGAUGGAGCUGUUAAAAGAUGAACAAAUUGGUGGAUAUUUGGGGAAAGCAACACAAAUCUUAAAACUCACCCGUGAAGUGUGAGAAAACAAGGAGGGGAACAAAUGGGACUUACCAAGCAAGGUCAUUGUUGUGAAAAGUCUGUAAAUGCUUCUAACUCUUCCCCCUCUUAAAAUCAUAAUAGUUGUACAGAAUUUUAAAAAGGAAAAGUUUAAAAUACCUAUAUAAUAGAAGAAAAAUUAGAGGAAAGCAAAAAAUAAAAAAAAAAAAGGAAAAAAAAAACCUAUAGAAGUUAGCAUUACUGCUAAAAUCCCAGAUGUUGUAGGACUGUACUUUUGUAGAGUUUAGACAGAGCAUCAAUCCCUUCUCCCGGCGAGUGCUGUCGGAUGCCGUUGUCUCUGAGGGCCAGGCCGAACUCGCCCCACACCUGCGGGCGCCUGGCUGCCCGACGCCGGUGGAGGCCAUGCCAUCGGCCGGAAGGGUCGCGUCGCGUCGCCCAGGUCGCCGCCGCCGCCGUCGUCCUCGCCUCUCGCUUCCCUCUGGGAGCUGCGCGCGCUUCACUCACCUUCCGCUUCACUCGCCUUCCACGCUUGCUCCAGAGACUUUCCGGGCAAGGGAGAACUGGGAACUUUCAUCUUAAAACAACUAGACAACACACACACACACACAAAACCUUAAAAAAGAGAGAGAAAAAUAAACAAUCUUUGAAGAAUUUCUGAAACUGUUUACAAGGAAUUUUGAAAAACAGGGAUGUUUAAAUGAUGCCGGCUCUGUUUUUCUGUAAAUAAAUUUGCAUAUUUUGUAGGACUUUUAAUUGUAAUGAUAGAGAAAAAAACAAGGAAAACUAUUUAAUGAAAGCACGAUAUUUAUCUUUGGUAAAUGACUUUAGAGCAGUUAAAGACAUUGCUUAAAAAACUCAGAAUCAGAAAAAACACUGAAUUAUUUAAGAACACAUAUAUUUUAAAGUAUAACAUAUUUAUUAUAAUUUAUUUGCACCCUUGGGAAGAUUGCUUUGGCAUUCUGCCUUGAUUCCUUCUCACUGAUGUCCAGGUCAUCUGGAGGCCGGGGGUUCUCAGACCUACCAUUGUUUCCCUUUAGAAGAACAAAUUUCCAGUUCCUCUAGGGCCUCCUGCCUUUCCUUUCUUUCUGUCAAUUUUGUUGUUGUUGUUGUUUUUCAUUUUCCUUUUUUCUCUUGACUCCUCCUUUUAGGAUGUCCAGAUGUAAAAAAAAAAAAAAAAAAAAAAAAAAAAAAAAAAAGAAAAAAAAAAGAAAACAGCUGCAGUUCAGUACAACUGCUCUUUUCACACUCAACUCCCUAAAACUCCUUGUAACCUUCUGUAACUAUUGGAUGACGCUUUCUCCAGCUUAGCCCUAAAUAAAGCACAGUUUAAAAAAAGA